AUGAAAAGAAGGAACAGAGAAGGCGUCUUUAAUAAUGCUAUUUACUCUAAAAUUGUAAGAGCUGCUGAAGAAACUGAUGUUUUGUUGGGAGUCGAAGAAGACCUGGAUUUUAUCACGAAGAGGAAUCCUUACGACAACAGCAAAGUCUGGAACAAUGCUCCGGGCUCGGCUUCUGAUGUUUCAAUAGCUCCAUUGCCUCCGAUAAGGCAACCUGGUCGAGGAUUGGGAAAUCUGAGGCAACACGGAGAUUUGUAGGUAUUUUUUAUUAUUUUGUAUUUAGAUAACACGAUCUGUUUCAAAUGAGGAGACAUGUUAUAUUUUGUAUUUAAGUGUUUUUUAGCUGUGUUGCCAAAACAAUCAAACCUCACGAGAAGAGGGCUGCAGUUAUUGUUAGUGACGAUGAAUUGGAAGAAUCUCCAAUGAGAAUCAUCAGGGAAUCUGGCAGUAAAUACAAGUGCGAUAUCACAGAUGACUCUGUGAUUGCUGGAAAUCUCUCAGUGCGCAGUUAUAAGCAGAAGAAGGAGGACACGAUAUUUAAGAAGCCGUACGUGCCAGAGAAGAAACACAGAAAUCGUUUUAAUGAGAAGGAUAAGGGCGACUCGAUCUUCAAUCCUCUUGUGGAGAAAUCUGAUUCUGACUUGAGGCAAAAGCUAAAAUCAGUGAUAACGACUAAAAACAGUAACGUGGACAACAUAUCUGUUGACGAGAUUGCUGCUCAGGUCUCUGAGUAUGUUCCCAAGUUACCGUUGAGGGUGGGACAUACGAUGUGUUACUCAGGAGUGGUUUCUGAGAUGUGCAAGAAGAGUUUGGAUGGAGAUAACAUGUCUUCUCAUGGAUCAAAAGAGCGCAUCAACACCUUGAACGAGGUAUGUGUUGUGUAUUUUCUUGUUGGGUGUCAAGAUAGUGUGUUUGUAUACUUAAAUUAUGAUUAUAUUUUUAUUUGUUGGUUUUUAGACGAUGUUUCGCGCUGCUAAAGCUUUUUCUGAGUAUAUGAAGAAGACCGACACAGUUUGCACCAAUGCUACUAUGAACUUUGAGAGUCCUUUAGUAUACACGUCUCCGAAGUCAACUCAAAGCCUCAAAAUGAAUUCAGUGAGCAUGUUGUCGCAAGGUAGGUAUCAUAAAUGAAGAGUUGCUUUAAUUUUUUUAUGGCUUUGAUUACAUUUUAGCUUCUAAUACAAUGAACUUUGAGAAGUCAUUUCGCUUUGCGAUGGAUUCUCAACCGGAAGAAAUUGGCAAAGCAUCGACUUCAAGCAGCUCUUCUUCACCGUCUACUCCAACAUCUUUUGA